AUGCGCAGCACCUUCUUGGCCUCUCCUCUCUCACAGUCUCACUCAGCCACUCUCCUCCUUCCUCUCAUCGAGCUCCUCCUCACUCCCUCAGUUCCCUCUCUCUGGCCUCUGAACGAACACAUUGAAGAACGCAGAGAAGACAGAAGAAAACUCAAACGCAGCAUGGAGGAAGCACCGAAGCAGCCAUCUCUCGUCGCCGUUCCUCAAUGUCCAGCCACCGUCGCUACUACAGCUUCGGCGCAACGUCGCCCUUGUUCGCCGCGCAUCCGCCUCUUUUUUGGCCAAGCUUCUGCGUCUGGAAAAAAGGCAGUCGAUGACAAGCAAAAUGAAGCCAUCACAGCUGCAUCUAAUGAGUUGGCUAAAAGAAAAAGCGAUCUUGAAGAAAAUUUAAAACUUUCACAUGAUUUAAAAGUAAGUCUAGGCGCAGCAUGGAAUGUUGCUAAUGUGACAAAAGGAUCAACUGGGGUGAUAUUUGGUCUCGGAACUGUUGGCCUUUCUGUUGCACAAGGCGCAAAACUAAGGGGAGCAUCUCGAAUAAUUGGCGUGGAUAAGAAUCCACAUAAGUGUGAAAAAGCAAAAGCUUUUGGAUUUACAGAAGUUGUUGACCCGAGUUCCUACCAAGAACCUAUUACUCAAACAGGGGUAUUGCCUCCGUUUGUACCUUUUGCGCAAGCAUUUGCAGCUGUACUCACAGCUGUUCUUACUGGUUCUCUCUAUUAUGUGGCUGCCUCGCCCAAAGAUCCCACUUAUGUUGUGGCACCUAUUUUGCAAUCUCGCUCGGGCCGUCAAGAUUUGAAAAAGCUAUUUGAAGCAUGGUAUGAGAAGCGCCAAAUGAAAAAGAUAUAUUCCCCUCUUCUUGAAGGACUUCUUGCCCUCUACUUGGGUUUUGAAUGGAUUCAAACAAAUAACAUUCUAGCUCCCAUUAUCACGCAUGGCAUAUACUCAACGGUUAUAUUGGGACAUGGCCUUUGGAAAAUUCAUGACCACCGGCGUAGACUACGGCAAAGAAUCCAACAGCUCAAAUCAGAAGAAAGAUAUUCCAAGUAGAUUUUGAAAUACCAUCCAUGGCUGACACAGCUUGAUGAAAAAUUGUAUAUGUAUUAGAGUUGUUAAUCUUGUAAAGGAAAGUUGUAUAAUUAUGUUAGUUGAGAUCUCUUACAUACAGAAUAAGCAAGUUCUGAUUAAAAAAUUUUCCAGUUAUGAAUGUUUUCCAAUAAAAUGGGGGAAAAUGUUUGGUGAAACAAAUAGCACAUUUACUGUUCCAUUUAAAUUAUCCAUGGAACGUUUUAUUUGAACCA